AUGCUACCACUCCUCAUAAGGUGCGGGCUAACAGCACUUGUCCCAGCAUCCUGUGUACGCUAUACGGGGGAUCUUUGCCUCGUGUGCAUGGGUGCGUGCGUGUUGGAACAUCGGUGCAGAUUACGUGUGCGUUCGGCAGGGAGGAGCUUUGGUCAGGGUGAGAGAGAGAGGAGGAGGAGGUCUCGCUGGCUGGUGCCAGGACCCCAGUUGGUGCAGCCCCCAACACCACCACCUCCUCCGGCUAUAUAGGCACCCGAGCCGUCCGCAGAGCUCACGUUAGUGCCUGAGUGCUGACGGGACCCGUCGCGCGUCCUCUGCUACUCGGCGAAAUACACGCACGCACGCGCACGCACGCGCACACAGUCAACCGGUGACAACAGCCACUCCCAAGUUUACUGCCGCCUCUCUCUCCCUGCGUGACAGCCACCAUGCGUGAGUGCAUCUCGGUACACGUCGGGCAGGCCGGCGUGCAGAUCGGCAACGCGUGCUGGGAGCUCUUCUGCCUGGAGCACGGCAUCAUGCAGGACGGCACCCUGCAGGACAAGCAGUCGCAGAGCGCCUGGCCGCCGCCGCCACCGUCGCCGCCGGCAGCGGGGGCAGCAGCGGCGGCGGCGGCGGCGCGCCGAGGCCGCACAGCGACCGCAAGGACGCGUUCAGCACCUUCUUCAGCGAGACCGACGCCGCCAAGUACGUGCCCCGCGCCGUCUUCGUCGACCUGGAGCCCACCGUGCGGCCCCGCCAUGGGAGCGUGCUUCUCCUGGACUCGGCAGCGCGAGCGUCCCAGCAAGAAGAGGUGA